UGAAUCCCUGAUUCAAUGAGUGUAAACGUUGUGAUGCAGGCUAGCACUUGCAGGAGGGGCUUAAGAUUUUUAAAGCCUAUCCAUUCUUUCUCAUCUCAAGGAGCCUUUGAGCUUGCAGCUCCACAGCAAAACCAAAACCUUGAGCUGCCUCAUCGACUUCAUGUUUCAUUGGAGGCUUUGGAACGCUCCAGAACAUCACUCCAUGAUUUUUGCAUCUCACAUUUCAUGUUCCAUGGCCUGGAUCCCGGCAACCACGAACACAACUUCAAGUGCUUGCCAGUUCUUGCUUUCACGGAGGCUUAUGUGUAUGAGGUCGAUGUAGAAUACGAGAAAGCUCUAAAGAAAAUGCAGGAUAUCCAUGACCCAGUCAAUGACGUGGAUCCCUUUUAUGGGCUUAAACUGGAACUCGCGGCUCGAAAUCUCUGGACGGAUAGGAUGGCAAAUGAACUUUUGAAAGGAUGCCAUUACUUGAAACUAGAGCAAUCCAUUUGUCGUUCCAGUCCAGAAGAUCAAAUUUCAAUCCUAGAUGCACGCAGAGCUUUGGAGUUCAAAUCAGCCGACUACAAGUUGCUCAACCUCUUGCUUUACAAAAUGAGGGGAGAAGAGGUGAAUGAGUUCCACUUCGGCUUUCUAGAGUUGUCAAAUCUUCUUGUGGAGUUGGCAGAUAACUAUUGUUCUACAGGCUGAGUACAUUUCCGUAUGAAAAAGGCUAGAAAGUUAAUACCCGUCAUGUA